UUCAUUAAAUUUUUUGUAUUGUUGGCGAUCGACGAAUGGCGAUUUCUCUUAGUAUCCAGUAAAAUUAAAUUAUAAAAUUGUUUUUAAACGACUGAUAAUUGCAAAUUUAAUAGGACCUGUGGUGUAUUAAACGUGUAGAGUUAUAGUUGAUUGGACAAAUAAAAAAAAUAUAAUGAAACUUAUCUAAAUCUUCAAUAUAGUCUGGUAAUCAUCUUAAAAAUUAAAAUGAGUAAGCAUAUGUAUUCUACUGCUAAUUUGACCGACAAAGAACUUAAGGAACAAGGAAAUCGACUCUUUAGCUUACGACGUUUCGAAGAUGCUAUGAAUUGUUAUACGAAAGCUAUUAUAAAAAAUCCUUCAGUUGCAACAUACUUUACAAAUCGUGCACUAUGCCAAUUGAAGAUGAAGAGAUGGGAAGCUACUUGCCAAGAUUGCCGUCGAGCACUUGACAUAGACAGCAACCAAGUAAAGGGCCAUUUCUUCCUUGGGCAGGCCCUAGUUGAACUUGAUUGCUAUGAUGAGGCUAUAAAACAUUUACAUAGAGCUAGUGAUUUAGCCAGAGAACAGAAAUUAAACUUCGGUGAUGAUAUAGCUGCUCAAAUAAGAAUUGCUAGAAAAAAGAGAUGGAAUGUUCAGGAAGAAAAGAGGAUAUCACAGGAGAUCGAACUACAGACAUAUUUGAAUAGGCUAAUUAAUGAAGAUUUACAUCGUAGAAUAGAAUCAAUAAAAUUAGACAACAUAAAUGAAGAAGAUACCAAUUCAAAAAUAACAAAGGCUGAAGAAGAAUGUAAUAACUACAGCAGCGAGUUAAAUAAUCUGUUUUCCAAAAUUGAUGAGAGGCGAAGGAAACGCGACGUACCGGAUUACCUAUGUGGCAAGAUCAGCUUUGAGAUAUUGAAUGAGCCUGUGAUUACGCCCAGCGGUAUCACAUACGAACGUAAAGAUAUUGAGGAACAUCUAGAGCGCGUUGGACAUUUCGAUCCAGUGACCCGUGUGAAGUUAACCGCCGAUCAACUUAUACCUAACUUCACUAUGAAGGAGGUUGUCGAUGCUUUCCUGCAGGAAAACGAGUGGGCACUCGAUUACUAAUAUUGAAAUUUUACGUCGUAUGGUAAUGGAAUGAUUGAUCUCGUAUAAAAAGGGAAUUUGUUUUGUUUUUAUUCAUUUUGUCAACACAAUUACAGUAUGAAGUUUUAGGUUAUUAUACUUGUUAUCAAUCUAAUACAAAGUCUGUAACAAGUCCAACAACAAAAUAGAUUUGUCCCUUAAAAAACCUAAUCAUCUUUGUCGAAUUGGUUACUUAAGGUGAUUUCUUAUAAUUCUGUUUUAAGUUCAUAAUAAAACAAUAUUGAGCUAUUCAUGCAGCUGGUUAAAAAAAUAUUAUAAUUCAAAUAUGGUGUAAUGAUUUGUAUCAUGUAUAUACAUAACAUAAAUAGAUUACAUUUAUUACAAGACAAUGUUAUCAUCUUAUUGCCAUCAUUUAUAAAAUAUGAAUUUAUCCAAUUAGUCAAUAUUUUGUUUUCAGUACAGCAUAGACAACAUUGUUAAAGUAGGGGCCAUUUUAAUAGAUCACAUUUGACACGUCAUCAAAAUUCAAUAACCGACGGUGUGAAAAAUAUUAUCAAAGUUAGAACUGCACUUUUAAUACUGAUAUUUAUUCUUAUAACGACAAUAGAAUGUCAUUUUACGAUUGACUUUGACAACACCAUAAACAAUUUCUGUUCUAAAGAGCGAACUGACGUUACAAAUGGACCUAAAGCCAAACAUGACAGAUGUCAAAUGUCAUCUAUCAACUCUACUGUAUAUAGUGAGAUUUGUAAGAAUUUCUUAUGAAUAAUGGGGUUAUUGUAAUAUAAAAAUAAUUAAAUUAAUGAAUGUUGUAGAAAUCUAAUCUGUUUGACUCAAGUCUCAAAUAAUUCAAUAGAUGUUUGCGUAUAGGAUGUAUUCGAAGUCCCCUUAGACGCAAAGGUUAAUUGUGUCUUAUAUUAAAUAGGGGUUAGACUGCAGUUAGAUGAUGUUUUAUUAUAGAACAUUUCAUAUUGUUAUACGGCUAUAGUAUUUUUACAUUUUGUGUAAUGUAAAAAUUUCGUCAAUGAAUUUUAGCAUUAUAAAACAAUCUAAAUGCUGUUGCAAUGAAAUUACCAAUCUGUCUUGACUAAUCUGAAAAUCAGAAUUGUGUUGUAAUCUACUCAUAAUUUGCUAAAAAAAUUAAAUACGUAUUAUUCACAUUACCUUAAUCGAAGAAAUUUUAUGUCACAAAAACUUUGUUAGUUUGGUAAAAUGUAAAAAAUAUUUUACGAUAUUUCAAUAUAGAUAUGUACGAUAUGAAUGAAAUAUAAAAUAAAAUUAAAAAAAAUACGGGUUUCGUGAAACGAGGCGAGUCUUGUAUAUUUUUUAAUUUGCUAAUAUAGAAGGAAUAACCUAAAAACGCAUAUCUUAACGUGAAAAUAAAUGAAAGUUUUACCACAUUAUAAAAAAUAUUUUUUAGUUAUUUAAAAGUACACUGUUCUUUAUUUCACGUAUAAGGCUAUAUUUAUGUAUUAUUAUGAUCCGAAUACAUUGUUUAUUAUUACUCGAUCUUUUAAAAUAGUUCCUCUUACGGUUAGAUUAGAAUAUAGAAACUAAGCUUUGGUGUCGGUUUUACGUUUACGUUGUGAUUUGACAUACUUAUCGCUAAGUCUCAACAAUGAAUCUAAAGGGGCUACACUAUAGACAAUCAGGCAUUCAACACAUUAUAUUCAUUAACUCUAUAGUUUAUGAAUCUAAUGCUUAGAUUCAAAGCCGAGACUUGCCGCACAGUAUAUAUCGUUUUAAUACAUUUUGAACUACGGAGGUCAUUUCACUCCUAUGACACUGUUUUAAUAAAGGAUAAAAUGUCGCGCUUAUUAUGAAAUUUUAGUUAAAGUUAUAAGGCUAGUCGGCUUAGUUGAAAGACUAGUGAUGAUGAAGGUAUAGAUUCAUUAAAGCAGUGUUGUAAGAUUGCUCUUGUUUCAUAUAAGACUUACGUUACUCAGAAUCGUUCAUUAUGUUACAACAUUAAUGAUUUUAAUGCCCGACUAUUAACUGAUCGUAAUGAACGACUCUAAGUACCUGUGAUAGUCUAUUAAAAUUAAGUGCAUAUUGAAACUUGUCUUUAUAUAUAUCUGUGGGUGUAAUUUUCUUGCCUAUUACGUUACACAUAGUUCUGUAAGUUAUGUUAUUAUGGUUAUUGUGUUUACGGGCUUGAGACAAGAUCACUCUUCGACGGGCGUGCCCCACUAACGCCAAACGAAGUUGUAGUCAUUUCCAGUGUAGAAAAUUGAUUUUGACUCAAACUCCACGUAAAUUUCGUGUAAAUUGAUCAAAACACCAUCUAUUGGUACAAUAUGUUGUAAGACAUUAAUUAUACUGAGUAAGAUGGCGCUGUUUUAAAAACUCUAUAUUACAAGUCUUAUUGACAUUUUAUUGGGAAAAUGUUUUAUUUAGUUUUUGUGCAUUAUAAAUCCAUUAGUACGCCUUGAGGCUUUAAUUAAUGUUUGUUUUUUUACUAUUGUAUUACGAACAAAACUUCAUAAAUCUAAAUAUAAAAUACAUAUAUAGCCUCAAAUAGUUAUCUAAUGGUUUGUCGUUUUCAUUCUUGUGUCACUUUUCACAUAAAUAAGGGUAAUUAAACAUUCUUUAACUAACUGAAGUUGUGUGUGUCUUUAAAUUAAUAAUGAUUUGGCUUGGCUUUAGUGCUUGGGUAAAAUUAUUCUUACCUUUUUAACUAUUGAUAAGAAAAUUAUAAAUUAAAUAUUCCAUGUUUCAUUUAAAGUAAUAUGUUUGAUCCUAGAUGUUAUAUCGAACUUUUUGUUCUGUGAUACGUAAAUUUCUCCCAAACGUCCUUAAAAUUAAACGUAGAAUAAAUAUUACCCAGUUCUUUUUUCUAAUUACGGUAACCAUGGUAACGAGCUAGGUACAGUCUAUGUAUUAUAAUAAGGACGGCGACAUUAGACGUAUUGCUUGUAAAGACGUCAUUUAAAAAGCGACGCUUAUCAAUGGAAGAUGUAAAUAUAAAUUAACUUUACGUUUUAAUAAUUAUCAUUAAGUUUGCAAAAAAAGUUGCCCUAUUGUUAGUACUACAUUAAAUAGUAGUUAUCUAUAAAUGAAACCAGGUCGUGACUAUGUAUUCAUUAAGUAAAUGUUGUUUUGUAA